UCUACCCUAAAGAAACGGAUACCCUCCUAGAGAACCCACAGUUAACUGGAGCGGCUAGUGGUGUUUGAGUCAGUGUGAACAUCGUCUUCCGUGCUUGGCAUUAGUUUUGGACAGCCCUCCGAAAGUGUUUGGCUGUAACGACUUUAGGCCGCACACGGUAGAGUUAUUAAAAAUUAAAGGAUCCGCCACAAUGGCAUGCUAAUCGAUAGUAUGAGGCACCGUAUUGGAGUGGAGUGAGUUCGGGUUUAGUGCAUCAAGCAAGUACCUCCCCCUCCAGGACGUCAUUUGAAUACAAUUUUCAUUUUUUUAAUUGUCCAUUUUGUGUCGCAUGAAUUUAAAUAAAGACGCGUGGUUGUUGAUUGGCCAGUAGUCGGGUCGGGUCGAGUCGGUAGUCAGUCGUUUGUUUGGCCUUUUGGCAAAGUUGUUGUCGUUGUAAUUGUUGGUGUGCGUGAGUUCCGUGGCUUACUCAUUGGGUUGUUGAGCCCCUAAAGAAAAAAAAAAUAUAACAAAACGCAGAAAAGAAGUUGGAAGGAGCUCUUGUCAAGCACCCGAGCCAGCGACAAACCGUCGUCGCCAGAGUCUUUCACAACGGAGUUUACAGCUUACAUCGAAUGUUAAGGGCAACACCUUGUGCAAAAUGAUGUCUUUGAAAAGUGAUCAGGAAAUAUUAGAAAACUCAAUGCAUGAGGAUGAUCCGAAUGGCAAUUCGGCAUUGGAACAAACAUUCACAGAAAAAACAGCACCAAGAUGGGGACCUCAACACAAAGGAGCUCAAGAGUUGGCCCAGCUAUACAGUCCAGGAAAACGUGCUCAGGAAUUUAUUUGUGUUUACACCUGCAUUGCUUUGAUGAUAAUCGACUUCGUUUUAAUACUGAAACAUUUUCAUUUCGACCGCAUAAUUGUUACAUGUAUAUCGGCUAUUUGCGGAAUAAUAACGGCAGAUUUCGGAUCUGGUCUUGUGCAUUGGGCCGCCGAUACAUGGGGUUCGGUGGAAUUGCCCAUUAUAGGAAAGAACUUCCUACGUCCAUUUCGAGAGCACCACUUGGAUCCAACGUCGAUAACACGACAUGACUUCAUUGAGACAAACGGCGAUAACUUCAUGGUUAGCAUUCCGAUCUUGGGAUUCUUGGCGUACUGUUUCAACACCAAAUCCCAUACGGACAUUCAACAGGAUUUCGGCUGGAUCUCCUAUUUAUUUUUAUGUUCAAUUUUCGUUGCCAUGACCAAUCAGAUACACAAAUGGUCUCACACAUAUUGGGGUCUGCCGAAAUGGGUGCUAUUUAUGCAGAAUUACCAUAUCGUACUGCCUCGCAAGCACCAUCGCAUACAUCACGUAGCACCUCAUGAGACAUAUUUUUGUAUAACGACCGGCUGGUUAAAUUGGCCGUUAGAAAAAUUGAGGUUUUGGUCGACACUAGAGUGCCUUAUAGAAUUUGUGACUGGUCUGAAGCCUCGCGAUGAUGACCUCAAAUGGGCCAAAAAAGUUACAUAGCUAUUUUUUUGACCAUCCACAGGACCAAUGAUAAUGUAACGAACGGCAUGUAUUCAUCUACCGAGUCUAAGGCGUUUAUUCUUACAACAAUAACAACAACAACUAAUUAUAACUUUAUGAAACCCAAUGAAUCUUAACUAAUUUAUCUUGCUGAAUGUACAAAAACAAAAAGACGAAAACAACUACUAACGAAAUUUUACAAUUUUUGCUAAGCAUACACUGGAGAAGAAACAAAACAUUUUGAAUCAGGAUACGAUCAUUGAAAACAAAGAAAUUUAAAGCAUUACACAAUAAUUUUCAUCCACUCGCCCUUUUUUACGAAUUUUCUACUUUGACAAAAUCCGCACUAACAACAUUUUUUCGAUGUCUAUUUCAAAUUCUAUUUUGUUUACUAUUAAAACUAAGCAGACUUUACCAUUUUCAAUUUAUUGAUUCAAUAACAAAGCCAAACAAGGCCUUAUAUACGAUUGUUACAAAAUUGACAACAUUAAUGCAUCUAAAUAUGUAAUCGAAACUAUUUAGUUGUACCUACAUAUAUUGAAUAAGGAUAAAAAAAAUAUGGCGAUAGUGGACCUGAAUGCAAUAACAUAAAAAAAAUCUUUCAUACAUACACCCAUAUUAAACUAUAGUCUUGUUCGCAUCUUAUACUAAUCCUGCUAAAUCUUGGAACAUAUGUAUAAGCCUUGCCUAUGGAUAGACACAAUUCCUUCGAAUAAGGUCUGUAUCGGCCAAUAUCCUCAUAUAAGCAUCCGACGUAGCCGGCAAAGAAAUCCGAUCAGUUGAAGUUUACCAACUUUGAAAACAUAGUUUAUUGCUGAAAAAGAGCAAAGAGAGAAUAAAGGACACUUCUGCAUUUGAGUUUGAGUUUGCAAAAUGACGCUAACUGAAGACAUUCCUCAGUUAGAAUAGAGAAGAAUCCAUCCGAAUCAAACUAGGUCUUAAACAGGGAGACAAGCUGGUGUGUGAUCUCUUUAAUAUCCUGCUGUAGAAAAAUGUAGGAGAUGCAAGUGUGAAUACGCAUGAGUUAUUAAUAGUCUAUGCCGACGACAUCGAUAUUAUGGAUCUGUCUGCAACUGCAGUCUUUGGAAAGAUCGAAGAUGAAGAAGUACUUGAAGUGUUUGAGUAAAAGAUUUGUCGUAAAAUUUAUGGAACGAUCGGCUUCGAAUGGACCACAAACUGUAUAACAACAAUGCAAUAUACUUAUGUAUAAUAACAUUGGCAUACAUGUAUAAUGACAUUGGUUAUGCCAACCGUCCGCCAUAAUUUGGGUUUUUAAGCUCAUAAGAUACAUUUAGUUAUUUUCAUUUAUAAGAAAACUGGCGUCAUGAAAGUGUUGGACCCUGAAUUCUCGUAACGCCCGACAGCACCCCAAAAAUGGAAUAGUGUUUUCUCCUCAUUCAGGUUAUUUAGAGUACACCUUUUUCCUAUUUAUUCUACGUUUAAUUUUGCAGAGUUCGGGUUUUUUAAAUCACAUUGAGCCUUGAAUAUCCAGCUAAUUUACUUCGACUUAAAAGAAGCCGUAAAAUCAUAUUUUGCUCUUGCAUAAUCUAAAUAUUUGUUCACCCUGAAAAAACUUUCUGAUUUUUGUCUUAAAUUGCUCUGAAAAAUGUCCAACUUUAUACCUCAUUUAAAGUUCAAACUAAAAGACUCCAAUUCGUUGAUAUAUGUUGUAUUAGGCCAAUUCACUCUUACAUUUUGGGCCAAUGCUUUCAAAUCUCUAAUCCAGAAUACAUUUUCCUGGAGCAUUAUCAUAGUCAACAUUUUUGGAAGACGCUGUUCUUCAUUUUGAAAUAAGACGUAUAUAUUCCAAGUGGAGUCCCAGAGUAUAUAAAUGAAUAUUUUCAAUAUCGGUUUCCAACAUAAGCGCAUAUUUUGGUGUAAAACUUGGCAGGGUUAGAACCUUCUUCCAAAAAUUUUGCCCCAAAAUGUCCACUUCCUCGAAAUGGCAGAAGCCCCAUACCUGAGCUGCAUAUUAUUGUUUUGCAUGGCAUCCUGUUUGGUAUACUUUCCAUUUCAAGUUGAUUUCCUUAUUUCCAACCAAGUUAGCCCAAUUGGCGUUAAUUGCAGUUUUUGAUUGUCUUUUACUUUUCUUCACAUGUUUACUAAAUUUCAUUUUAGAAGUAAGAGUAACACCAAAAUAGUCGUUCUCAUUAGUGAUUUUUAUCGGGUUUCCUUUAUAGAUCCCUUGUUCAUUUACCGUUAAGUGAUAGCAUAUGUAGGUCAUGUGGGGAAGAGGUUGGGACAUUUGGAGCAUAUCCUAUGUCAUUGCCCGGAUUUCGCGGCUAACAGACACCGGCACUUAGAUGCCUACCAGACAUGAACCAACAUAGGGGAGAAGUAUUUAAAACAAUUAAGGAUUUUAUAAGCAACACGAAAUUCCUAACUUAAAGUUUUCUUUUUCGAGGUUAGGUUAGGUUGAAUAGAGGAUGCGGAUAUUAAUCCCACCCUUGCCACUAUGGACAUACACCUAUCCAUUAAUCGGCAUGUUGUGCGCUCUAAAUACUAAAUAAAUAUGUAAACUGGAAAAAGAAAAUCGGUGUUAAGAAUUCCGUGCUACUUACAAAAUUCUUAAUUGUUUUCCAUGCCACGCUCGAGAUAUCUUUUUAGUUUUAAAAGCGCACAACAAGCCGAUUACUGGCUUAGGUGUAUGUCUAUAGUAGCAAGGGGGGAUUAAUAUCUGCACCCUGUUUUCAACCAAACCUGACCUACUGUUAAAUUCCACAUAUCGCUGUAGCGUUCAAGUUUUUAAUAUUGGCUUGCAUGAUUAGAAACAUGCAUGCCUUCUAAAUAAUCAUGUAAAUUGUUGACAUACUGCGGAAAGCAUGCCUCUCUUAAGCCAGAGUUGGAUUCAAAGUAAUUAGAUAUUUCUUCACCAGUCCAAAUGGCAUAUUGUCUAGUAUUGUACAGAUUUUCUUUUAAUUUUACGAACUUGUAUGAUACACUAAUCUGGCGCAAUUUAGAGAUUGGAGAUUUUCUGCAUAUGUUGUCGAAGGCAGCUUUAAAACCUACAAAGAAGACAUAAGUCUUUUUGUGCAGUUUUUGUUGUAGACUGACAAUUCAAGCCAAAUUGUAGAUAUUGUCUACUAUAGAAUAUCCCUUUCUGAAUCCUGCCUGGUAUUCUGUGAGGGUUUUGUGAUAGUUUAUGUAAUACGACAUUCGCUCGUUUAGAGAUCUCAUCAAUAUUUUUGCUAGCCAGUCCAUAAAAGCAAUGCCUCUAUAAUCGACAUCGUUAUGGAUCGGUCUACAACUUCAGAAAUAGGAAAGAUCGAAGAUGAAGAAGUACUUGAACUGUUUAAGUAAAAUGUAUGGAGCAAUCGGCUUGGAAUGAAACACAAACUGUAUAAUAACGUUGUACUAUACUUAUUGGAAUAGUCAAAUGUUUCAAAAUACGUUGGCUAGGUCUUUUGUCCAAAUGAAUGAAAAAGCCCAGCAAAGAAGUCACUGAAGUAAACGCAGAAGGGAAAGACCAAAACUUCGAUGGGAAUACAAAUUAGGAAAGAAUUUUUAUUUGGCGAUCGGCUUGUGGAAUAAAUGUUCGCUCAUAACCAAUACAGUAAGUUUAGUAAAUAAAUGAGCUGAUCAUAACAAAUCACAUCGAUUUAUUGAUAUUGUCGAUAAAUAAAAUCCAAUAACUGGUGAAUAGUUUCAAUGUUUAUGUCAUUGUACAUCAUAUUUUAUUUUCAUUUGAAUCAAAUUUUUACAACAUAUUAUGUUUUUUCCUAAGUUUCUAUAUUAUAUAAAAAUUAAUUAAAUUAAAAAAAAAACUACAAUAUAUAUUACCUGUAUACGAAAGAUGCUUCUCAAUGAAUGGUAUGAAAUAAUAAUCAAAAACUUUAUUUGUACAUUUCAGCGUUUAAUUUGUUCCCUUACGAAAUCAUUCCCAUACGAAACGUGGAUCCCGUACCCGACCAUCCAUCGAAAGCAUUUGUUUUAGUUUUAUAUUUUUUCCAACCUCACGCCGGACAUACCCAUCUGAACUCAAGAUAUUUAUUUAAGACUUAUCUGGAAAUGUAACUUAAGUUAAGCCCAUUGCAGAUGUUUCAAGUGCAUAAUAACAGCUUUUAGAACUGCCGUCAAAAGCCAUAUUCGUAUUGUUUGGCUGCUAAUAUCAACUCCUUCAGACUGAACCAACUCGAAUCGAACUCUAAUCUUGUAACCUUUUACGGUUUUGAACCGUUUAGUUGUGGUUACACGCAUCCGAAUACGAAUUUCUAGGAAGUUAGUCUUUCUUCCUCUGCUGCAGUUUCGCUCUUAUGUUUUUGGUUUUAUCUGGCUUCUGUAUCACAAAACUCUCGGUGAAAUAUAGGAAAUUCAAAUCGGAAGAUCGGCCAAAUUGGAUUAGAACCGCGCCAUGUAAGGGCUUGAGUGGGUUGAUUCGUUUAUAUGAAUGACAGACAGACAUACCUAGAUCGACUUAAAAUUUCAUGGCAAUCAAGGAUAUAUACUUUAUAGUGUCUUACGCCAGUACUUCAGGGUGUUUCAAACGAAAUCGAUUUAGUUUUAUGGCGCUUAUUUGAUAAUGGAUGGCUUACAUUUAAAAACCAUAGAACAUUUAAAAUAGUUUUAUUACACCAAUUAUUUUAUUGGCGAAAUUGUUAUCGGUACGGUUCUUGGUAUCUUUAUACCCUACACCACUACUGUGGUACAGGGUAUUAUAAUUUAGUGGAUUUGUUUGUAACACCCAACAGGAAGAGAGAUAGACCCAUUGAUAGGUAUACCGAUCGACUCAAAAUCACCUUCUGUUUCGAUUUAGCUAUGUCUGUCUCUUUGUCCGUCCGUCUGUCCAUGUUAAUUUGUGUACAAACUACAGAUCGCAGUUUUCAUCCAAUUGUCUUCAAAUUCGGUACAGGCAUAUUUUUCGGCCUAGAGACGAAGCCUAUUGGAAAAAAUCAGUUCAGAAUUAGAUAUAGCUCCCAUACAUAUAAUCGUCCGGUUUUGAGGUAUAUUGCAAUAAAAUGGUAAUUUCUUAACCGAUUCUCUCGAAAUUUGGCAGGAAGGAUUAUCUUAUGAUUUUCGACAUUACUGGUGAAUUUUAUAGAAAUCGUUUCAGAUUUAGCCCUCAUAUGUAUAUAUAUAUAUCGCACGAUUUCACCCCUAGAGUCACUGCAAGUGCAUUUAUUGACCUAAAAUAUGGUACAACGCUUUGCUGUAUUCCAUAAUAUCUAUAAAGUUUUUUCUAAAUCAAUUCAGAUUUAGAUAUAGCUCCUAUAUAUAUGUUCGUCCGAAUUUGAGAAAUAUUGCAAUUAAGUGCUCAUUUAUUAACCGAUUAUCUCAAAAUUUGACAGAAAGGAUUUUCUAAUGACUUUUAAUAUUACUGGUGAAUUUCAUAGAAAUCGGCCCAGAUUUACAUAUAGCUGCCAUAGAUGUAGUUCGCUCGAUUUUUACUUCUGGGGUCGCUGCCAGCGCAUUUAUUGACCAAUAUUGCCAAAAUUGUGCAAAACUCUUUCCUCGAUGCCUGCCACAAUAUCUAAGAAGUUUGGUCAAAAUCGAUUUAGAUUUGGAUUUAUCUCCCACAUACAUGGUCGUCAGAUUUUGGCUAGUUUGCAAUAAUAUUGUCAUUUGUCAACCGUAUUGAUUGCAGUUUGAACAUAUUUGCUCGAAAUUUUAUGCGGAUUGUUUAAUAACCCAUCUGAAAACAUUCGCCGAGUUCCAUCAAAAUUGGUUUAGAAUUAGAUAUAGCUCCCACUUUGUACCUAUAGGUAGGUGUAGGGUAUUAUAAAGUUGGCAACGCCCGACUUAUGCCUUUCCUUACUACAAUAUUUUUAACAUUUAAAACAACACUUUUUCGCGUGAUAAUCGCACUUUAUUUCAUGUCAUUGAAAAGGAAAGUGAAACCAAGAAAGUCAAAGGAAGGUGAUACUAGUUCGAGAGGCCCUUGUGUUGCAAUCUGCCAACUGACAGCUCUAUCGUAAAGCUUAACAUUUUUGAGGUUAUACGUACUCAGAACUGUUGUGUUGUUUGCUGUAACUUAAAAGAUUCAUCUCGCCCAAAAAAUGGAAUUAAAUCUUGAACAUUUUCGUGAGAUUCAAUUUUUCGACGUGGAUUAAUAACAACAGUGCAUCGAUUAACUUAAUUUAAUUUUUGGCGAUGAAGCUCCAUCAAGGACCAUUGUUUAUCGAUGGUAUGGUGAAUUCAACCGAAGUCGUAGUUCACUUCAAGACGAAUUUCGUGAAGGUCGUCCGAAAUCAGUUGUUGUUCUAAAAACCACUGAUGCUGUGCGCCAACUGAUCGUCAUGUGACUGAUCGUCAUCGUGAGAUUAAGACAACCUUAGGCAUUAGUGGGACCAGCAUACAUUCAAUAUUGCAUGAACAUUUGACCGUCAAAAAAUUUGUUCGCGUUGGAUUCCACACAUUUUGUCAAUCGCUCAAAAAAAGGCGAUUGGUCGAAAGAAAUGCUCACAAAAUACGAAACAACUGCAUUUUAGAGCACUCAAAACAUCGAUGUGAUGAGUCAUCCGCCGUAUAGUCCUGACUUGGCACCAAAUGACUUCUUUUUAUUCCCGUACGUAAAAAAUAAAAUGGAAGGUCAACUUUUUUCGACACCUGAAGAAGCGCUUGACGCGUUCAGAGUGCAUGUUUUGAAGAUACCUCAAUCAGUGCUUCGCAAAUUGGUUCAAAUGCACGCAAAAGUGUAUAGAUCUUAAUGGGUAAUACUUAAAAUGGGUAAAAUAAAGCGAUUUUCGAUGAUUAAUAUUUGUUGUUGUGUUCUCUAAACCCGAAAUAUAAAAGGCAACCCUCAUAUAUGUUAGUUGUACUUGUUGUUGUUUUAGCCACAUUUGUAUGUGGAGAAGCGAUCCUCGUCAAACUCGCAAGCUCGUUUCAAUCCAUAGGACAUUCGCCGUGGGAAGUUUGUGUUGUGUAAAGGCGUCAAUAACUCGCCUUGUCAUGUCGAGUAUCAUAGGCUCUCAGUAUUUACGGGAGAGUCUCUCGCUGAGACUACUCCGUAUGCGGAGCAUUCUACGAUCGGUAGCUCCCAGCUGAUCUUCUCGUAAUGGCGAUGAACACCACACAAAUCGGAGCUCAGAAUUCCAACCCGUGUGGUGGUCAUAGUCAUCCCGUACCGGGAUAUGUUAGUUGGCUUGGUAGUCGAUGGAGCCAAUCCAACGAAAAAUUGCCAAUGAAUGAAUUAUUAAAUAACCUACGCAGGUCCAUAGAUUUUUAUGUACGUCGUGGUCCAAAACCCACCCGAGUGGGUCAACUUAUAAUUUGAAGCAAUCUGCAACAUAUAUCCUUAAAUUCCAUACAUGUGGAAAGAAAAAUUGAAGAAGACAACAAUAUACAACAUCACCUCCAACCACUUUCCCCUCCACUAGGUUUUUUAAGAAGACAAAUUGGGCCAAGACAACCAACCUCUUCACUAAGACAGUUUCUGCAUGAGUUGGGCAAAGGCACUUGCUUUGCCAUAUGGAAGCACAUUCUUUAUUCCACAAGUACAAACUAGUUGUAUAUACCAUUGGAUUUAUUACUUUGUGGGUCGUUAUCCAAGUUAUGUUUAUUUUUUAUCAUUACAAUUCUAUUUCUUUGAAUGGCACAGAAUAAUUUUAAGAAAAUUAGGAUUCCACCCGGAUGGGUUUUGGGCUACGACGUAUAACGUUUGGAUGUUAUAUUCUUGCAGAGAAAACAAAUUACAUGCCAAGUUUGGCUUAAAUCGGUUUAUAACGGUAUAAUAAACUAAUUGAGAACUAUCAGUGAUUUUACAACCGUUAGGUAAUGAUGUCCACUACAGAAUACAUCACAAUUUAGGAAUAUGUUACACUCAGCUUAAGCUUGAUCUCUACAUUUCUUCUUCUUUUCAGAAAUAAAUCGCCAAUCAUAUAUUAGCAAUACAUCACCACGAUUAAGUUAGGUAAGAGUGGCUGUCCUUUACAGACUACCUUAGAAAAUUUUUUAAGCCCAUUGUGAUACCACAGUAGCGACAGACCAAGGCUUCUGGCGGGAAUCGAACCCAUGACCCCUGCACUGGUAAUCCAAGCACGCUACCAACUCGGAAAGAAAUAACGAAAAUGUGAUUUGCAGCCGACAGUGUCACACAAAAUUAAACGCGUAUUGUACUUUAAGAAGAGUGCCGUCAAUAGACUAAUAUAAAACAAGCAGACACGUAUUUAGUUCGGCCGUGAUGAACUUUGAAUACCCACCGCCAUGGAUAAAUUUAUUAUCAUAUUUUAUGAUAACUCCAAUACCAUAUCAAUAGUUAUAUUCAAAUAUGGGCCAAUUUGAGCCAUAUUUGGUUUAGAUGCCAUAAACCUUAUAUACUUCCCAGUUUCAAAUUUCAGCGAAUUUGGUUAAUAAAUGCGCAUUCAGGUAAUUAUAAAUGGGUUCAAGCUGCCAGAGAUGGUCUGUAUGUCGUUUUUUUAGAUUUUCGACUGCCAAAAAAUUGUAAACGUCGAAAACGUCAUAUACUUGUAUAAAACGUAUACAAAUUAGUAAACGUCAUAAAUCUCUAAACCAUGUUUAGUUUCGACAACAUAUCAUUGUGUUAGAUUUGUUGUUGUUCCUAUAGUGCCUUUAUAAAUUUUUCAAAAUUUUAAAUUUCAUAAAAAAAAGUUUUUAAUCAGCGCCCUGCCUUCCGGAGCAGUUUGAUCACGUUAUGAUAUUCACAAAUGCAGCUCAGUACAACUCACAGCUUCAAAUUUCAGCGAAAUCGUCUAUACAGCAGCUUUAUCUGAGUAUAGUCCGAUCGAGACCAUAUUCAGCAUGAAAUCAAGGUGUCUCAUAGAACACACUGUUCCAAAUUUCGGGAAAAUUGGUUAUUAAAUGCACUUUUUAUGGACUUAAGACCCUAAGUCGGAAGAUCGGUCUAUAUGGCAACUAUAUCUAAAUAUAGACGCAUAUAAACCUUAUCCGGUUCGGAUAUUGAGAGUUCUAGUGUAACUCAUAGUUCUUAAUUUCAGGGAAAUAGUGUUAUAAAUGCACCUGUUAUGGACUUAAGAUCCUAAAUCCGAAGAUCGGCCUAUAUGGCAGAUAUAUCUAAAUAUAGACGCACAGACCAUAUCCGGUUCGAAUAUUGAGAGUCUUUCGGAUUACGAGAGUCCUAAUGCAACCCACUGUUUGGAAUUUCACCGAAAUCAGGGUAUAAAUGGGCCUGUUAAGACCUUAAGACCCUAUACCGGGAUAUCGGUCUAUAUGACAGCUAUACCUAAAUAUGGUCCGAUCGCAACCAUAUUCAGCAAAGCUAUUGAAGGGCUUCAAAGAACUGACAGUUUGAAAUUUUAAUCGGAUAAUUUAUGGGCUCAAAACCCUAAAUCGGCAUAUAGACCGAUUUUGCUCGUUAAUGAACUUAGCCUGCAGGUGGAAAGACAUAUUUUAGAGCUUACAUUUUCCUGGACUUCUUACAUCUUGGACGAUAGAAACUUACUAACCAACAUAUAAACUAGUUAAUAAAAUUGAACAUAAAGAUGACCAUGAAUAGUUGAUAUAUUAAAACAUUUAAAAGUUGUCAUCACUUCAAACAAUGACGCGAUUAUGAUGGAUCGGAUUAUUUUUUAUCUCCCUUUUUCGCUCGCCAAUUAUCCAGAUCUUCUUGGUUGAUUAUGUUAAACUUGUGAAGAGAUUUAAGCAACCAGCAGCUGUUGGUCAAAACAUUACCGUCAUUAGGUCUGUUCGCGUACUUUCCAGUAUACAUUUCAGGAGAGUAAGCACAACUUUUACUCUCUUUGGCUAUUUAUUUGAAUUGAACAGCUAUUUCUUAUAAAACAGCUAUUCGACGCUGCAAAUUUCUGCUGGGACGAAUCCCUCCAGCAGAAAUAUGCAAGCUCUCAAUUACAAAAUUCUCAAAAUUUUGCUCGCUCUUACGAAGUUUCCCGCUCUCUUCUGCUGUCAAAUAAAGUACGCGAACGACUUCCCGUAACAAUUUGUGCAAAUUUGGAAAAAAAAUGUCUGAAAAACAGCAGAUCAGGGAUGGCACAGAUCUGCAUUACCAACAAUGUGAUUAAUGAACAGUGGACUCAUGUCCUCUGUAGAGGACAACGUUAGUGAAAGGGUUAAUUGCAUAUUUAUUUUUAUGCCCAUUGCAGUGUGUAGUCAAAUCGAAAAAUGUGAAUACAGUAAGGACCUAUCACGACGAAUUUAAUGUGAACAACCCUACUGAUGUCGUUUGGAAUUUUAGCCUUGUUGGAUAAAAUUAGACUUGCCGAUGUCUACAGAUAGAUGGAAAGACAGUGUAGCUCUUAGCUAUUAAAAUAACAUCAGCCCUAUUCUGAAUAACAAUUCCCUAGGAGUUUAUUCCCUACUCCCUUUUGCCUUUUGCAACAUUUACUGGGAGUUUGUUUCCUAAUCCCUUUUCCCUUAUUCUAAACAAACUUCGAAAAAGGGAAAUUUCUCCCAGGGAAAAAAGUAGCUAUUCUGAAUCGAAAUAAUAGGAAGAUUGAGACAAUAAAGCUUGGGAAAAAUUCCCCCAAACAAAUGAAAGGGAGCUAGGAUAAACAUUAUGAAUUUAACUGUUUUAUAAAAAAAUGGUACCAGUUCUUACUAUUUACGAACAAUUUAAAAUGUACGGAAAUUAUUUUUCACUUUUUCAUCAAAAUCAAGUAGAAAUUUUGUUAGGUUCUCCCGGUUCAAAUAAGUCAUGUACCCACCAUAGAAGAUUUGCAUUAGUUUUUCGGUUUUAUUGACAAAAUACGGACAUUCUAGAAUUGGUAUAUGAAUACACACAGGCUUCAAAAUAUGUGGUUCAUAUUUUAAUGUUCUUAGACCCAUAUGUAUAAAGAGUUGUCGCUAAGUGGUACUCCGUUCGGAGUCGGAUACUUUAUCAUUAAGCUUAAAGUAGAAUCGGGCGGCACUCAAUGAUAUGCAAGAAGUCUUCUGUCUAUUCCUUAAUGGAAUAUUCGUGGGCAAUUUUUCAAAAAUACCUGGCGCCACAUUUUCCUCCACAGGAGAAGGAAUAAAUCCAUAAGUUGCUUUUUAGCAGCCGUCCCAACCACCAAAAAAAGCGGCCGCCGCCCUGAAAUGUCGAUUAGAUCUUCAAGUUCUGGCUCCAUAAAAAUAGGAUUUUAGAUAAAGCGGCGUAUCAUGCAGCUUGCUCACCUGCAGGAGCUUGGCGAGGAUCACCACAUCUACAUGAAAAUGUGGCUUAAACAACAACACGACACAAUUAAUCUAUUUAUCUGUCCACCAGACCACUCUGGAGGCAUCUAAUUGAUGGAUGAAGACGGAAAGUUGCUAUCACAACAGAGAAAUAUGGUGGCAAGCUGUAGGCCAUAAUUGUGUACUAUUGAAAAUAAACAUUACAUAAGCAACACUAUACACGUUUUGUAAACUUUUUUUAGCAACCUUUAUAAAUUCGUUUUGUUCUUUCUACCAUUCUACCAUAAUAGUGAAAAGUUUAGCCAAAAGAAGACUGCUGAGGCAAAACAGCUGUUUUCGAAUAUCCAAAAUUCCCUCUCCCAUAUUUUUCCUCUCCCCAUUCAAUCAGAAUAAGAGGAUUUUAUUCGAGAGAGAAAUUUUUCCCUGGGAGUUUAUUUCAGAAUUGGGCUGAUAUGUUUGUGUGUUGUACGUACGUACUGAAAAUUUUUAUUGUUACCAGAAAGGUCCACUACGUUUGAAGCAAACGCAAUUAUUUGUUUAUUAUUACAAAUACUUUAUUGUUUAUGUAAUGGUUGUGGAAAAUUGAAAAAGAAAAAACAAAAUGCUUUAAUGUAAUUCUGCCUUAAUAUAUAGAUAUUAAAAAACGAA